UGCAUUCUUUGAAUAAAAAAAAGAAUAGAAAAUUUUUAUUUGUUUUUUAAAUUCGAUUAUUCGAUUUUUUCGUACAUUUUUCUUUUUGUUUUUGAAUUUCGGUUGAUUUUGAUUUAAUUAAUUUCAAAGAAAAACAAAAAAGAACACAAAACAAAGAAAAAAAGUGAAACAGUAGUGUUAAUUUAUAAGUGUUGCCAAUCAAAACGAAAAAUUUAUUCGGAAAUUAUUAAUUUUGAAUGAAGAUUAAAAUUUUAUAAAAGAUUCUCAUAUUAGAAAAUAUGAGAGCAACUUCAAGCUUAAAUUAACAAUAACGAACGAAAUUUUCAUUGUCUCUGAAAAGAAAUCAUUUUAUUUCACAAAAAAAAAGAAAAACAAACGAAAAACAAAGGAAAAUUUUUUCAAUGUUUUACAAUUAAAAAAAAGAAAGAAAAAAAAAUUUGUACCUUACGAAAAUUUCAUUUCUUUAGUGCUUUCUUAUAUUCUUGUAAAAAAAGCGAAUUAAAAAUUUAUGUAAAAUAAAAAAUGUAAAGUGAAAAUUAAAUAAUAAUAAAAAAGAAAACAAAGUAAUCAAAGAAGAAAACAGAAAACGAUUCGAUCAUUAAAAACGCCUUUCUUUUAAAAAAUAAAAUAAAAAUAACAAAAAAAAAAAACGUGUAGAACAGAACAAUAACAAAAGAGAAAAUAAAAAAAAAAAUACGGUAUAAUAAUUUGGUUAUGGAUUUCGGAGAGGAAUGGCAUUUAGCAGCACAAUCGAAACCGUUAGACAUUAGAAAAUCACCGGACGCUAAACUAGAAAAUUCAAGUAAAGAAAUUAAUUUAAAUAAUAAUAAAGCAAGAAUACAAGCAGAUCAUUCAAAAAUGGUGUCACCAUCGAAGCCGAAUGGCAAUGAAAACGACGAAGAAGAUUUGUUUAAAACAAUAAACGAGCUGUAUAAAAAUGUUAUACAACAAAAUAACAGUAAUAACGAUUUAGAUAUUGUAGAUCGGUAUAAUACGGAUUACAAUGAUAAUCAUCGAAAUAAUUAUCAGCCAACAACAACAACAAGAUUACAUUGGAAUUCGAAUCAUAACACAGAAAAAGAAAACGAAAACAGUUUUGAAGAAGAUCCACAAUAUAAUAAUAAUAUUGUUACGACCAAUGACAAUAAAAAUCCUAGACGAAGAGUUCGAAAACAUAAAUCUAAAAAAUAUAAUGAACAUACACAAGAGUAUGAGUCAUCAUCUUUAUCAUCAUCUCAAUCAUCACUAUCAUCAUCAGAUGAAGAUGAACCUAGCAAUAGUAAAGAAUCAAGCAGUAAAAUUCAAAAGAAAAAACAUGACAGCGAAACAGAAAAAUUAACAAAUUCACAAGAAGAUUUAGUUAGUGAAUUAAAAUCAAUUUUAGAAAAUGUAUCAUUCGAUUGGCGUAACAUUAAAGUAGAUCAUAACAAUGAUAAUAAGAAAACAGAAAAUAAUGAUAAUCAGCCAUUGACAAAUGGUAAUCAUUUAAAUGAAACAAGUGAAAGUGAAAAUGAUGAAGAUGACGGUGAUGACGACGACGACGACGACGAUGAUGAUGACGAUGAUGAAUAUUGGCAUUUUAAAAUUGAACAUAAUAGUCCGACAAAUAAAAAUAAUGAAGGAGCAACACAGGACAAUACUGAAAAUAUUUUAUCUAAAAUGCCUAACAACCGAACAAGAAGCUCAACAACACCCACAAAUUCAACAAUAUCACAUAAUAGAUCGCAAAGCAAAACCAAAACAAAUGAUAAACAUGAUACAGAACCACAAAAGAGAAGAAAACUUAAUAAUACUAAUAAUGAUAACUAUAUGACAACAUCAAGUGAUGAUAAUAAUGAAGAUGAAGAGUUUUAUCAUUUUAAAAUUGAGCAACCAACAACAAGUCCAGAAGUGCAAACACGAAAUACAGCUACGCCUACUCCGGCGAAAAUUAAAGCGAUAUCGCCAAUAACAAAUAAUAGCGUAAAUAGUUUUGUAGAGGAAGAAGAUAAAAGAGAUAGUCCAAAAAAGUCAAAAAAAGAUCUAGAAGAUCCCGGUUUCGAUUGGUCAGCUAUCGAAGAAACAAAAGACAGUGAAACUGAAACUGAUACCGGCAUAUCAUCAAAUACACCAAAACCAAUAAUAACAUUUGAAUCAGAAGCCAAUUUCGAAAAACAAACCGACAAUUAUGGGACAACUGAUAUUGAAACAAUUUCCACCGACAAUGAUAAUGAUGAUGAGGAAUUCUGGCAUUUUGAAAUUGAAAAUUCAAAAGUUAGUAGCGUUGUCGAAAUGGAUAAAAAAUUAAAUAUGGCCAUAAAAUCUGAAGAGAGUGAAGUAACAACUUUACGUGAAGAUGAUGAAGAUAAUACAUAUAACGAAUAUGAUACAAUCACCUCCAAUAGUAAUUAUAGGUCGGUUUCAAAACCAAAAAGCACACUGGACGAUGAAGGUUUUGAUUGGGAUUUCUACGAAACUCAAGAAGAAAGUACACAAAAUCAGAAUGAAUGUGAAAUUCAAGAUAUGUCAAAAGAUGAAGAACAGAAAACUGAUAUCACAGAAGAAGUUAGUGACAAUUCAUCAACUAAACCUAAACGACGAAAUUGGGUCGAAGAUGAGGAACCAUGGUGGUUUACUGGUGAAGAAAAUAAUGAGAUAAACGAGAACAGUGAAAGCCAAUCAGGUAAAACCGAUGAAGAAACAAAAAUAACUGAAGAAGUGGAGAAAAAAGAAAACGUUGAAGAAGCAAAUAAAGAUGAUGACACUCCAGUUUCUACAAUUCCAAUAAGGAGGAAUUGGACCGAAGCUGAACCGUGGUGGUUAGCAGAAGAAACUGAAAAAACUGAAAAUGGUACAAAUGAUCUUGAAAAGGAAGAAAAGAAUGAUAGCGAGGAUGAAACAGUAACAAUAACAUUAAAGGCAAAUAAUAGCUUAAGUACAGAACAUCAGAAAGACAAUACUGAAGAUGAAAUAAAAGUUGUCCCGUUACGAAGAAAUGCAACUGAAGAAAGCGCGUGGUGGUUAACUGACGAAACGGAAAAUAACACAAAUAAGGUCGAAAACAAUUUAGAAAACGUAAUUGAUACAAAUGGCAGCAAUGAAAGCGAACAGAAAAAUGAUACGGAGGAAAUUUCAUAUGUUCAAGAGAAGAAAUUAUACCCAGUUAGACGAAAUUGGACUGAAGAAGGGGCAUGGUGGUUAGAUGAUGAAGAAAAUAAUGAAAGCAAAACUAAUGAUGACGUAAAUGAAAGUGAUAGCAAUGAAGCAAAUCAAAAUGACAAUAAUGGUAUAAAUGGAACUGAUAAUGAAAAUAAAAAAGACAAUAAAGAUGAAAAUAGCACAACUCAUAUUGAUGAAAAUAAUAUUGACGAAAAUUUAGAAAACAAAGCUAAAAUUAAUCCAAUUCGAAGAAAUUGGACAGAAGAAGCACCAUGGUGGUUAGAUGAAAAUAAUGAAACAGAAGAAAAUAGUAAUAUUGACGUGUCAACAAAUGAAACGAAACCAACUGAAAUAAAUAAAAUUUCAGAGAAUGAGACAAAAGUGUGUUCUGUAAAUUCUGAAAAAGCAGAUUUAGCAACAACAUCAUCGAUAUCUUUAAAUCAAGAUGAAAACAAUAAUAGUAAUGAAAAAACAAUUAAAUAUGUUAAAAGAAAUUGGAGUGGUGAAACUGCGUGGUGGGGUGAAAAUAUAAACGAUGAAAACAACAAUGAGGAAAAUGACAAUAAAUCAAAUGAUAUCGUUAGUAAUAAAUUAGGAGAAAUCAACUCAAAUAAUGAAAAUAGUGAAAUAUAUGACACGGGUGAUGAAGAAUGGAUUUAUGAAGAAGUUAGUGAAGAAGAGACUGAUGAAAGUUAUGACAGUGAAGAUGAAAAAGUUAAAAAAUCAAGAAGUAAAAAAGGAUUAGAUGCAGAAGAGAAAAAAUCAGUAGUACCACCUCCACCUCCACCACCACCACCAUCUAGUGGUAUACCACCACCACCUCCACCACCUUUUGCACCACCUACUGAUUUUGAAAGGAAGGAAUUAACAUCUAAACAGAAACAAACAUUGGAAAAAUUAAAGUCAAGACCAAGGAAGAGACCAGACUGGUCAGAUAUGAUGAAGGAGGUUGAAAGAGGAAAAAAAUUAAAGCAUGUUGAAUGUAAUGACAGAUCCAAACCAAUAUUGACUAUUAGCAAAUCGGUAACAAAAGUUGAUGGUCAAUUUGUAUUUGAAACAGAAAAAGCAAAUGUUCAUAAUAAAUUAUUAAAGCAAAUUCAAUCGGGUGUUAAAUUAAAGCCAACAAAAUGUAAUGAUAGAAGUAAACCGAUAUUAGAAGGACUACGUAAAUUCAGACGUCAAAUGACUAUAGAGGAACAAAUACAAAAAUCUGAAUCAAAAGCAGUUCUAAAUCAGGCUGCUGUUCCAAAUGAAGUUCUAGAGGAUAGUCCUGAUGAAAUGGAUGAUAUCGAUAAAUUAAGAGAUGAUUUACAAAGCACAAAACAGAUGCUAGCUUUAGAAUUACGAAAUAAAGAAGCUCAAGAACGUGAAAAUAAACGUUUAUUAGCAAAAAUUGCAAAUUUAGAAGCUGAAUUAGCAAAUAAAGGCGGUGGUAGCGGUGAUAGUGGUGGUGGCGGUGGUGGUGGUAGUGUUGAUGAUAAGUUAGUUAAACAAUAUAAAAAGGAUGCUGAAGAUGCUAGAAAAGAAACAAAAACAAUAGAGAAAAAAUAUAAUGAUACUGCUGAAAAGUUAGAUGUAGCUAAAGGUCAAGUAGAAGAACAAAGAAGGAAAAUAAUUGAAUUAGAGAAGAAACUAAUGCAAGCAGUACAGGGUCAUUACUAUAAAAAUUCCAAUGGUUCAACAAAUAAACUUAAAUCGCAAUAUAGUUAUUGUGAUGAUGAAAAUUAUGAAUAUUAUUCAAAUAGUAAUUACCAGGGUAUUAUACCAUCAAGUAGCAACUUAAGAAGACAAAGUACAGUCAUAGGUAAAGAAAGUUCACCUGAAUUAGAAUUGGAAGAAUCUGAAGAUAAUGAAGAUGAUACAGAAGAAGAGAAAGAAGCACGUAAAGUUAGACGAUUGGAACGUGAAAUUGUAUUCUUAAGAACAAAACUAACAAAAUUAUUAGACAAGGAGAUGGCAGCUAAAAAAGAAAAAGCAAAUAUUAAAGAAGCAAUGAAAAAGAAUCAAACUUUGUUAAAACAAGAAACAAAGAAAUUGAAAAAAUUGGAAAAAGAAGUUGCAAAAAUGGCUGCAACAAUGACAUUAGACGAAGAUGACGAAGAGAAUGGACUCGAUGAAAAAGAUGAAGCCGAAGAAGACGAAAAAGAAGAAACGGAAUCUGAAGAAUCAGAAUCUGAAUCAGAAGAAGAAACUGAAUCUGAAAGUGAAGAAUCUGAACCAGAGGAUGCAUCAAACGAAAAGAAAAAAUCUAAUUUGGAACCAAGAGUUAAAAAGCAUGAAGGACGUUUAACUGCAUUGAAAAAGACUAAUUUCUUAUUGCAAACAAAUGUUGAUAGAUUACAAGAUGAAAUUAAUAUAACUAGAGAGAAAGCAGCUGAUUUACAACAGGAAUUGGAUGCAGUUUUAGCUGGAUUUUAAAGAAACACAAGAAAACAAUUAAUUAAUCUAUUAUAUAAAAUUAUUACUAUUGUUAUUGCAAUUUUUUUGUUCAAAUAUGUAGGGUUUUUUUUGUUUUUUUUUUAUAAAAAUCGAUUUUUAAAAAUAUAUAAAAGUUAUAGAGAAUUUUUCUUUCAAAAAAAUAUCAUUAAAUUUACCAAUUCCAAUUCAAAUAUUUAUCAAUAUUUCUUUUACAAAUUCACACACAUAAAUAUAUUGAAUACGAUUCAUAAAAUUAUUUAUUUCAAAAGGUUAAGGUCACUGACUAUAAUAACAAUAUACUUAUAUAGCAUUAAACAUACAUAAGUAUGUAUGUUACAAGAGAUUAUUAUUGUUGAACACGAUAAGUAAUCGAUAUUCGUGUCGUAUUAAAAUUAUAAAAUAUAAUAUAAAUAAUAGCUUCCAAGUCAACAAUAUUUGAAAAUUUAAAAAUGCUUUUAUGGUAAUUCAUGCAUGUUAAAUAAAAUUUUUAACAAUUUAAGUUUUAAAAAUGUAUAAGUACAUGGGUAUAUGCGGUUUUUCCAACUAAAAGUUAUAGAAUUUGCUUUUAUGUUGUCGGCCACAUUAUGCUCUGCUCAUUAUAUUAUUAUAUAUUAAUAUUAAGUAGGUAUUUGACUUAUUGCAAUUUGAUAGCUUAAAAGAAAAACAAAAUUUAUUGUUAUAUACUAUUGAUUAGCUAUUGAUUUAAAGUAAAAAAUAUACCUAAUCACCUGCCAACAGAACGUCAGGUCAUCUACGUCAUACUCACGCCAUUGAGGCAUAGGGCUAAACUAAAACACAUUGCAUAUGUAUCAUAUAUUGAGCAGACUCAUACCAUUCAGGCAAAGAACUAAGCUAUAACACAAUAAAUUAUUUAUAUUUUAAUGUUAUCUAACAAAAACAGUAGGAAUUGUUACGUAGUUUAAAAUAUGUUUUUUUGUUACAAAUUUUAGCAAGAUUUUUAAUGCACAUGCAUGGUAUACACAUACAUACAUACAUAAGUAACUA